AUUUCUUCAGGUGGGUUUGCUUUGAAAAAGCAGGAUUGUGGAAGAACUGCUGCAAAGAGAGUCCAGUGUUUAGCUCAGCCACCUCCUCCGGCUUGGCCAGGACGGUCUGUUGCAGAACCGGGCCGUAAAAGCUGGGAUGGUCCAAAGCCUAUCUCAAUUGUUGGAUCUACUGGCUCCAUUGGUACCCAGACAUUGGACAUAGUUGCAGAGAAUCCAGAUAAGUUCAGAAUUGUGGCACUUGCUGCUGGUUCGAAUGUGACUCUUCUUGCUGACCAGGUUGAUAAUCAACUAAUUUUUGGAGGCUAUAUUUGAGAAAUAGCCUUUGUUCGUCAUUACAACUAGUGCCGAAUUAGACAAGGGUGCUAUUGUUAUUUACACUCUUGCAUUAUCCGAACAUUUCACUCUCAUCACAAAUUUGACAUUUAAAGUAAUGAAACCCACGAAUUAUAGCCGCGUUUUUUAUAUAGCUGCCAGCAUCUUUUGCAUGCAUUAAAACUAUGAUCUCAUGCCUUUUUCAUCUUACCACCCACCUCUUAAUCAGACUACUUUGCACUAUUAUUUUUAUCAAGAAGAAAAAUCUGGCAACUAGUUGAAAGUAUAUUUUUCCAUUUCAAAAAGUGCAAAUGCACCAUGCUUAUUCUGUCUGAUAUAAAUAUGUUCAUGGCAGUGCCUAUUAAGUAAUUUUUCCAGUGAUAUUUUAUCAAUUUGAAGAUAUACUCUCAAAAGAACUGGGUGACAUAUUGUAUAGCUACUCAUCUUACUCUAUCAAGAAUGCUAGUAUAUGAAAUUUUAUCUUAAUAUCAGGAAAAAGAAAUUCUCAUACAUUUUACUAUGAUCAGUUAACCAAUUCAAGUCCAUGCCAACUGCGUGACUUCAGUUGUAAGCUACAUUGAUAGAAUGUGUUUGGCUAAGCUUAAAAGUGACAUUUAACUAACUUUUUUUUUUU